AUGGGAAACAACAGUGCAGCUAUUCAAUUACUUGAGAAGAUGGAAGAAAGAGGAUGCAAGCCUCACAUAGUUGCCUAUAACACCAUCAUCGACAGUCUUUGUAAGGAUACACUAGUUGAUGAAGCAUUGAACCUCUUCUCAGAAAUGAUUACCAGAGGUAUUGCUCCAGAUGUUGUUACUUACAACUCUUUGAUUCAAGGAGAUUGCAAUAUAGGCAGGUGGAAAGAGGCUACAAGGUUGUUGACUGUAAUGGUGAGUUGUAAUAUCUUUCCAAAUGUAUUCACCUUCAAUGUCUUGGUUAAUGCGCUUUGUAAGCAGGGGAUGGUUGCGGAAGCUGAAAGUGUUGUUGAGAUGAUGAGUCAAAGAGGAAUUGAACCUAACAUGAUAACAUACAUUUCCCUUAUGGACGGUUACUGUUUGCGAGGAGAUAUGAACGAGGCGAAACAAGUUUUUGAUCUUAUGAUUAGCAAGGGCUCCAUGGUUGAUGUUCAGAGUUGUGACAUAUUGAUUAACGGAUAUUGCAAGGGUAAAAUGAUCGAUAAGGCUCACAAUAUUUUCAAGGAAAUGCCUCUUCGGGGACUUGUUCCUGAUAUUGUUACUUAUAACACUUUUAUUGAUGGUUUUCGUAAAGCGAGGAGACUACAAGAAGCAGAAAAGUUGUUCUCCGAGAUGCAAGGUUGUGGCCAACAUCCAAAUAUUCAAACUUAUGCUGUUUUACUUGAUGCCCUAUGUAGCAACCAGCAACUUUCAAAGGCAAUAGAAUUGCUUAGAGAGAUGAAGGACAAGAAGUUGGAACUGGAUAUUGUACUUUACACUAUUAUCAUUAAAGGUUUGUUGAAAGCCGGGAAAAUUGAAUCUGCAACAGAGGUGUUCUCUGGUUUGUCAUCAACAGUAGUUCAGCCUAAUGUGUGGAAAUACAAUAUAAUGAUUAAGGGACUUUGUAACGGUGGCCUCUUAGUUGAAGCAGAAAAGUUGUUUAGAGAAAUGGAACAAAAGGGCUGUUCUGCUGAUGGCUGUACCUAUAACACAAUUAUUCGGGGGUUUAUCAUUAAUAAUGAAGCUGCAUCAAGGGCUAUGGGACUUAUGCACGAAAUGGUCGAGAGGGGUUUCUCUGCAGAUGCAUCAACUAUGGAAUUGAUAGUUAAUUUAUUGUCAAAGGAUAGAGUAGAUCCCACUAUGUUGCCAUUGUUGAAAAAUUCAUGA